GAAGCCAUAGCGAAAGUCGGACAGUUCAAAAACCUCCAAUCAAUUGAACUAAAAUAUCACAGCGUGUGUGCCGCACCCGGCUCAGGCCUCGGGUGGCCAAUGGACUAUCACAACACUCUGGGAAAAUAUUCGCCUGAGACGACCGAGUUUCGCACUGAGGUAUUGGGAGCGUUGAUGAAAGCACUAAAUGGCAAGCAUCCUGCUUCUCAAGUGCGCAGCUUGACUAUCGAAAACCUUCAAGAUAUAUCCCCGAAACAUAUCACACAAUCCGAUGAUUUCAAGGCAGUUUUUAGUCGCCUUGACAGCCUCGCUCUCCGUAUCGCGACAGAAUGGCACGAUGCCAGGCCCGAGAGCACUCUCAAACUCCCAGACGCCCAUAUAAUCUAUGGCACAGAGCUCAAAGACCAGUGGCUGCGCCCAGUUGCACAUCAGCUCAAAAAACUCGCCUUAUACGGCGACAAUUUCUGGGGUUAUUGGCCUCGGUGUGACCUACGCUCCUUGCAUUUCCCGAAACUAAAGUCCCUCUUUUUGGGCAAUAUGACAUUUACACACGACUGGCAGCUCGACUGGAUCCUUACUCACGCUGAUACACUCGAAGAGCUCCGUCUCGACCAUUGCCCUAUCGUC